ACCUGGCUCCUGCACAGUCGCAAGUAGGCAACCCGAAGCGCUCCUUGUCAGCUGCUGUUCCACACGUUGUGUUUAUUUUGGUGUGAGUUUUCGAAUGCGAAAUUGCAAUUGUAUCCUCUAAUCUUUCUCCUUUUUCGCAAUCUUUUCCAGCGCAAUUUCUCCCGAAGUUCACCUUAGUUUAGCUGUGUAAUCGGCCGCCGUUACGUUCACCUUGCAAAUAACACCCAGUGAUUAGUGAAUCUGAUAUUGAUUUUUUUGUCCCAUUCAUUCGCGAACGAACGUGUCACGAAGCGAUUUCCCGGAUUUUGUGCGGGUUCAUCAAUGCUAUGUGCUGCUUUAACGUAGGAGUCUUGUAAAACACUUCUCAUCCGAUCUAACGAUGACAGAAGCAAGGAAAUUAGAAGAGGGUUUGGAGUACAUUCGAAACGCUGAAAAAAGUCUUAAAACCGGUCUCCUGAAAUGGCGUCCAGAUUAUGAUGUUGCUGCAGAUGAAUAUUCCAGAGCGGCAACAUGUUUUCAAGUGGCCAAGUCUUACCAAAAGUGCUAUGAUUGUCUGAUGAAAGCUUCCGAUUGCCAUAAACAGAACAGAUCAUGGUUUCAUGCUGCCAAGAGUUUAGAACAAGCUAUCCUGAUUUGCAAGGAUCUUGGAGACUUGCGAGAAAUUCCCCACCUGGCCGAAAAGUCAGCCAGUUUGUACCAGCAGUAUGGCUCACCGGAGGCUGCUGCUACAGUUCUCAACAAAGCAGCCAAACUUUUGGAACAGAAUAAUGCAGAGGAAGCACUGAGACUUUAUCAACAUGCAGCUGAUGUUGCUAUGAUUGAGGACAACAACAAACAAGCAGCAGAAUAUGUCAGUAAAUCAGCAAGAAUCUUAAUAAAGCUGAAGCAAUAUGAUCAAGCAGCUGAUGCAAUCCGUCGUGAGAUUGGCCUCCAUCAACAGUCGGAAAGCCUGCAAUCAAUAGGCCGCUUAGCUGUAGCGUUAGUAUUGGUCCAGCUCGCCAGAGAGGACUAUGUCGCUGCAGAAAAAGCAUUCAAAGAAUGGGGAAACUGUUGUGAUGCUCCAGAGGUACAAACUCUUGAGGCGUUAAUUCAGGCUUACGAUGAGGAGGAUCCUGAUGCAGCAAGAGCAGCAUUGAAUUCACCGUUCAUCAAACACAUGGAUGUUGAAUACGCUCGAUUAGCCAGAGAUCUGCCGCUACCGAAAGGCAUAUCCCUUCCGGCUCCCUCCUCGGUCCGACCCAAUGCUGCACCCUCUUAUGUCUCGCCUAAUGCUCCUGUGACCAGCUCAGGCUCCAGUGGUCAACCCACAGGCAGCAAUGAGGAUGAUGAAGAAGAAGGUGGACUCUGUUAAGCUGGCGUUAUAUCACCAGCGGAGAGUGCUCGCUGCAUGACUUGUAUGUCCAGCACCUGAGAUAGGCUCUGAUCUCUUCAUCCUAGUUGUACAGUCCUCGAUAAUUGUGAUCAACCAAGUACCGUUAAGAAUGUAUUCCCCAUGGAAGAUGUCAAUCUUUUCAUGGAUUGUCCACAAACUGGACUUCAUUUUGCAUUUGUGAACUAAAAUUUCUGGCUCAUUUCAGAAACAACACACAUGCUAUUAGUUUCCUCAUGGAGAUAGGUGCUUCUGUGGGGAGCCAAAAACAGUGGUUCCUUAUUGCAAAAUGCAGUCCAAUUGAUAAGACAGUAAAUUUUAAAUUUAAAGCAAUUCUUGAGUGGCUUUGUUUCGAUCCAUCUCGACAGCUUAAAAUAUUGAAAUUGUCAUCCACUGUGCCGUGUACUAUCGAUCUUUUUUUCCUUUUUGAAAGUGAAAAUUUCUGGGGUGUUCUUAAAACAGAUGGGAAAUAGCCACUUCUUCCUUUGAAAUUUUAGGCGUCGAUAAUUUUAUGAUAGUCGUCGAGUAAGUUUCAGGGUAUUAAGUUAGUGGGCUGAUUGGUGGCAUUGAUAGACAUAGCGAUAGACAAAGCAGACAAAGAGAAAAUGGAGCGAUCCUGUUGGUUGAAAUAGGUGAUUGUUACAGACUGAUGGGGAAAAUGAUGGACCAACUAUAGGGUUCUUUGUGAACCGCUGUUAGUUAGUCUAUUACUUAUCUCCUUCCUUUGUCCAUUGCAGGCACCUGCCUCCUUAAUGGGAUUGCUUCAACUUUUCUUGGUCUUAUUUGUCUAUAAUUUUGUCUGUCAAUUUCAACUAUUCGCCCACAGAGUACCUACUUACUUGUCGUGGAGUUUUCCAUAACGUAAUCUGGGUCACGUCUCUUAUUUUUAAGCCUAAUAUCGUUAGAUCUACAAAUGUUUGUCGAAAUUGUCUUUGAAAAUAAGGUCUACUUUGGUUCAUUGCACCGUUUUAAAAUAAUUUUCAAGGCUUUUUCUUCUGAAAAAACUAAACUCCUUGGGCAAAUUAUGGUGAUAAAUCGAUUUGAGCCAUUUUGAAAUGUGCGUAUUGGCUUUAAACCAAAAAUAUGAGGACUAAAUUUUGCAUUUAGGAAUUACAAUUUCUGGUUCAUCCAAGAAAACAUUUAUGUGUAUAGAGACACUGAUAGAACAUGCGUUGUUUCUAAACUGAGCCUGAAAUUUUAGUUCCUUAUUGCAAAUUGUAGUUCAUUUCUUUGUCAUUUGUUUUUGAGAAUAGUUUCAUCAACCGAGUAUUUCUCAGUACGUUCAUACUGGUUGUAAUUAAUAUCCUUGUAUCUACCUUGUAGUUUCAAAGAUCAGGACUUACAAGGGAUCGAAGACUUAUUUUUGCAGAAGAAUGAUAAUGUCAAAAGUCAUCAGGUUUUUUUUAGUACCGAAAGUGUACAGGAAAGUAGGGAGAUAUAUUUGUAAUUGGCUGUGCAAGAGGCUUUAACAGUUCAUUUUUUUGGAUGCUAAGCAAUAAGAUACCAUGAUUAAGAAUCUAAUGUAACUCUUCUUGUCCAAUAGAUAAUCGUACAGUGCAAAUUCGCAGAAAAUCAUUUCGUUUUUCUCAUCAUUGAGAAACUGAAACAAGUUGAAGUUCUAAAUGAUCGUAGAAACUUGUUCUCAAAUUUUACUAUCGUACCUCACCAUAAAUAUCUCAUAUUUCCCUCCCCGUAUCGGUCGAAUUUUCUCAGGACUAAGACUACAAUCUCCACCUCUUGAUAACUGUCUUGAAAGAGUGAGUUGAAAAUUGUUAUUGUUUGAGAAAUUUUAUGCAUGCUUGCGCUGUUGUAAAUACUUGUAACUGUUUCUAUUAUUCAUCAAAAGUUCUUAUUAAACAUUUCCAAAGUCUAAUGCAAGUUGACCUAAAUAAUAAUUCUGACCUCGUUUCAUGCUUUACACAGGCUCAUUUUAAACUGGACUAUAUUUUGCAAUUAGGAGCUAUAAAUUCUGGCCCAGUUUAAAAACAGCGUAUGUACAACUAGUUUCCCUAUGCUCAUAAGUGUUUUUUCUGAUGAGAAAUUGUAGGUUCUGAAUUGCAAAAUGCAGUCCAACUGCCCUCCUUCUCCUCGUGAUUAUUAUCAUAUAGGGUGAUCCAAAAGUUUCUCACAACCCUUAGGGUUCAUGCCUUUUUAAGGAUGGCCCCCUGAAAGUUUUGGAGGUUCCCAAAAGUCGUCUCUUUUGACCUAGAGACACUUACAAAAUAUCUCGAUUUGUUCAAAAGUUGCAGGGGUGAUGAUGAGUGCUAUUGGAGUAGGACUUUUGGAUCACCCUGUGUAUUUUUAAACUUUCAAUAGGUAUGAGUCCCUUUUUCCCCUAUUAAACACUUAAUAGACUCAUGUUUUGUUAUGGUCAAAUACUUCAUGUCGUUUAUCAUUUAACAUUUUUUUACUUCUUUGCGAAAGUCACUUAAUUUUUUGCCUAAGAAGAUGGUUUCGUUUUGUUGCGUCUUUUCUAUAUUUACUCGCCUAAAGCGAUUAUGUUAGACUGUAACUUUGUGAGGAUGAAAUCGCCAUGGUGUGUACUAAGCUCAAAGUCAAUGCAAGCAACUCUUUUGUUGAGUAAUUGGUUUACCAGAGUCCACGCCGAAUAAGUUAACAUGCUUUAGAUUGCGACUGAAGAUCCUGUGCCGUCAGUUGAUCGUAAAUAAAAAUUGGAUUGAAAAUAAAUGAAAGAAUCAGGAUAAAAGAUCUUCUGUCGCAGUCUAAAAGUGUCUUAACUUAUUUAAUGACUCUACCAACCUUUUGAAUAUCAAGAGGGAUGGAACUCACUCUCACUUUGGACUUUCAGCAUACUUUCAUUUAAAUUACAAUUGUAAAUCCUUGGAAUAGAGCAAUAAUUAUUCAGCCUCAGCGAUUACAUACUGAAUUAAUUAGUUUUUUAACUAUUUUUGCGUACAAUAAAAAAUUAAGACAGUUGUGUAUACAAGUUUUUUGAACUGAUAGACGUGUCAAGCCAAUGGAAGCCCCUGAAAGUGGAAGCAAAAAAUCAGGUGGCUACAUCGUGCUGAUUUUGUAGAGGAGUGUAAGCCAGUGCUGAGGUAGUUUCAAAUUGUUUGUACAGUUGACUUCCUAGCAAAUGGUAGCCAGUGUGAGAAAAAUUAUUGUUUUGAUGAGCUUUUUCCUCUUCUAUCAUGAGAACUUUCUGUUUGAUGAUGACUUUUACGCAUGAUGCCUAAGCGCACUGUUCGUCAGUCAUACCGUAGCCAACCCAAAAUUUUCUCAAUUCAGCCAAAGUAGUUUGUUCUCAUUGGUCCUAGCAAUAAAUACCGCCAUGGCAAUACUCUCUCUUCACUGUGCUGCAACUAAAUAACAUUUUAGCUUGAUUUCAACAGCACUUUAUCGAAUCCCAAAAUUUUUCACAUUCUAUGUUUUUGACAAACGAAUCUCUCUAAUUUCUGUCUCCUGUAAUGUUACCACCCCUUGGUCUUGCUUCUUGCCUAAUUUGUUAUUGUUAUUUGUAAAUCGUUAAUUUAUCUUGUGAGUAAAAGAGAAUAAAAUGGUAUUACGUCUACUUUUUGAA